AUGACUGAUUUAUUUCCUAAAAUUUCUAUAGAUGUAAAUCAGCCGUUAAAGGCAUUAAAUAGAAAGGGUAACAGUAACGUAAGCUCAAUAAUAGAUUAUUCAAAAUUUUAGAUAAAAGAACCCAUCAUAGCUUAGUAAUAUAAUGUAGCUAUUGAAAAGAAUUUUAGUUAGAUUCAGACUUAAAUUAAUACGGAGUAAUCAAAAUUAUUGUAUAGUGAUAACAAGUCAUCACGAAGGUUGCUUAACAAUAAACUCAAUAACUCUAUUGAGCUCUAUUAAAUAUAAAAGUAGCCUAAAUUAAGCAAAGAAAGAUAAAACAAAACUCCAAAGUAUAAUGAAUAAUCUCCAAACACAUAAAAUUCUAAUAUAGGUGAUAAAGAUAAUUUAAUAAAAAUUUCGAAAUAUUUUACUUAGCUUAAGGAGCAAGAGUUAUUAGGAGAAAAUAUAACCAAAAAAAAAUCAUAUUUGUGUUAAAAGCUUAUGGACUUAAUUGAAAAAGAAUGCACUUAAUUUUAAGAUGUUAUCGGAUGUCUCAACAAAGUUAUUAAAAGAUACCUUAUUUGCUCUGAUAAUGCUUUGAUAGAUAAACUAAGAAACUUUGAAUCUUACUUCAAACAAUAAAUUUGCUUCGAUAAAGAUUUUUUUACAUAUCCUUAGCUACUUAACAGAGUUAUUGACCUUUCUUUUGUUCUAAGCGAAAAGAUAGAUUAGCUGACAUACCAAAACAAUGAAUAAUUGGAAGAAUUUAGAAUGAAGCAAGAAAAAAAAGAGACAGAAUAUAUGAACCUAGAACAAAAAUACGAAAAGCUUAAAGAGAACUUUUUCAAUCAGUUGAAUUCUCAAAUCAACUAGUACAAAUAAAAAAUGGAUGACCUAGAAAAGUAGAAUGAAAUUCUAAAGUCAGAGAAGGAAAAACAUACUGAUUAACUCACAAGGAUACAUGAAAAUUAUGAUAAAGUAUUUUAUGAGAAGUAUUCUAAUUACGAUUAAACAUUAAAUGAGUAUAAAGCAAUUGAAAAGAGGUUCGAGCUGUAAAACAAAGAUUUCAACGAAUUAAAAACUUAAUAUACUAAUAUAUAUGACACUUAUAGAAAAACUCUUAAUGAUUUAAAGAUGUUCAAAGAAAGAAAUGCUCUAAAUGAAAAUAAAAUUUAAUUAUUAUAGACAGAAAUUCAAAGCAUAUAAGCUGACAAUUAAAUUUACAGAUAGACUUAUACACCUAGACCUAAUUUGAUAGAGGUUCUUGAAGUUAGUAAGAUAGAAUACGAAAAAGAAAAAAAGCAUUCAACAUCUCAAUUAGUUUUAAUUUUAAAAAAUGCUUUGAGCUAAAAGCAAAAUUCCCUUUAGAAUUAUGGUAACACCAAUAAGACAUCUUUAGAAAAUAUCCAAUAGAGUAGUAUUCCAAUAAGUCCUCUAAAACAACCCAACAUUUAUUAGGAUAAAAAAAGAAUGAAUGCAAUCAGUCUAAAUUCAACAGUUGCUAAUAAUAAUAACUUUACUGAAAUUGAGAAUUAAAAUUUAGUGCAACAGCCUCCAAUGAAAAAUUAAUCUAAAAAAUUAUCACCUACUGCCUAAAAAUCAAAGUAAGAUAUAUAGUUUUCAAAAGCUAAUAAAGAUGUGUAUAAGACAGAUAGCUCUAAUAUAAGUGCCACUGAUAUAAAAAAACAAAGGAAAAAGAUUGCAAUAGAUUUAAGUGAAAAUUUAAAUGAUUAGUCUAAAAUUUAGAUAGUAGAUAAUAAAAAAGUCACACUUCAUGAAAAUUUAUAAAAGGAGAGUAAAUCUCUUUAAAUUGGAGACCAUAUAAAAAGAAGAGUUAAAUCCACUCAUUAAAAAGAUUUUUAGAAUAGAAGUACUAUUAACAUAUCGAAUAUGCAUGCUGGAGAUCUAAGCCUUUAAAAAUAAUAAAGAAUAGAUGAAAAUACAUUAGAUAGCUCUUUAGUAGACUACUCUAAACGCAAAACUAACUAGAAUGAGCUUGAAUUUGAUUCUAAAUAUAAUGUUAGGAUAUCAUAAUCAUAAGUAUAUGUUGACGAACAAGUUACAAAAUAAUUUCAAGAAAACUUCACACCAAGAGAUUAAAGUUUAUUAUUAGGAAACGAGUAAUCUAAUUAGUAAAAUCAAAUGAAACCUAAAGAUAAAUUUCUUUACUACAUACAAAAAAGAAAGAAAAUUAUUUGA